GCCCCGCCUCACGAGAGAUCCGCCCCGCCUGUGGGUUGGGCUCCGAACUGCGCCGCUGGCUCCUUCUUCCUGCUGCUUCAUACUCUGCUGGGCCCAGAGGACGCUGCAGGAGUCGGCAACAUGACUGUAACGAGGCUAGCUCGGUUGCUUGGCUACAUCCCGGCCACCGCGUGGAGAGCGGCAAGAUCACCACUUGUGUGUUGUUCCGUGAGGAAAAUGAGUUCUCAAGGAGAAAAAUCCAAACCCAUCAAACAGUCUCAUAAGAAGCCAAAGUUACCAGAAGGUCGUUUUGAUGCACCAGAAGAUCCUAAUUUAGAGAAAGAACCACUGACAAAAUUUCCAGAUGAUAUUAAUCCCGUUACCAAAGAAAAAGGUGGACCCAGAGGCCCAGAACCUACCCGAUAUGGAGAUUGGGAACGAAAAGGACGCUGUAUUGACUUUUAAGCCAUAUAUUAUUAACUUCAGUAUCUUUUUCUGAAUAUGUACAUCUGAAUUAAUUUAUUUCUCAUUAUUUUCUCUCUGUAUAUCCUUUAAGUCAUUUAAUCUCUAUAAUGUGUUUAAAAACACAAAUAGGGGUGCCUGGGUGGCUCAGUCAGUUAAGCUUCCAACGUCGGCUCAGGUCAUGAUCUCUCAGUUUGUGGGUUUGAGCCCCACAUCGGGCUCUGUGCUGACAGCUCGGAGCCUGCAGCUUGCAGCUUCAAAUUCCGUGUCUCCCUCUCUCUCUGCCCCUCCCCUGCUCAUACUCUGUCUCUCAAAAAUAAAUAAAAAUGUUUUAAAAACCCACAAAUAAUGCCUUGAAAGAAAAUAUGCUGCUAUAAAUUAAGAAAGGGGAAAUAUUUCUACAUUAGCACAUUAAUUUUAAUUUAAAUAUAUUGGAGUAUAUAAAAGAUGAUUAGAGCUGCAUAUUUCAUCAUAUUGCAUUUUAAAUUAAUCAGCUGCUUAUAAAGUACAAAUGUAAAUAAAACAAGUUUUAAUGAUUUUUAUUGCUAUAUGCUAGGUAAUAGUGCUUUUUGAAUGUGAGUUAAAUAACACGUUAUAGUUUUAUAAGGCCACAGUAACAACAGAAAGUCUAGCUCUAGAGACAGAUUACUUAGGUUCAAAUUUUGGUUCUGCUACUUACUAGCUGUGUGACCUGGGGUAAGUUAUUCAACUUUUCCACACCUCAGUAUCUUCAUGUAUAAAUUGGGGAUAAUACUGCCCUUUUUGGGCAGUUGAGAACUUUAAAUAAGUAGGUACAUGUACUUGGAACAGUGCAUAGCACAAACCUCUCAUUAAGUGUUAGCUAUCUGUAAAUCAUAAAUGUAUUUUUCCAAGUCUCUAGGCUUUCUGGGGGGAAAUAUUUAGAAACUAAGUUUGAAAUACUUUAAUUGAAAUUGUUUUAGGGGCGCCUGGGUGGCUCAGUCGGUUGAGCGGCCGACUUCAGCUCAGGUCAUGAUCUCGCGGCCCAUGAGUUCGAGCCCCGCGUCAGGCUCUGUGCUGGCAUCUCAGAGCCUGGAGCCUGUUUCAGAUUCUGUGUCUCCCUCUCUCUGACCCUCCCCCGUUCAUGCUCUGUCUCUGUCUCAAAAAUAAAUAA